UCCGUGAUUUCCCGCCCUUACGUCACUGGCUCUCGGACUGAUGGAUCUCAGCUAGCAAUGGAUGUUUACAUCAGCGGCCAGACGCUUUGACGGAGGGGAUUUGGCUGGUUUGGACGCAGAGUCCAGUUAGCAGAUAUGGUGAGGCACAGCAUGGUGACGGAGCUGCAAGCCAUCCAGCACUCUCUCCUGGAUAAGUCCCUGGCUGUGGGCCAAGUGGGGCAGAGCUGUGGGGGAAUUCAGGAGAACGGGGUCGCUUCAGCGGACAGACAACACCUUUCCCAAGGUCCAGCAGAAAUUGAAAAAAGCCAGCCAGUGAACAUCCCAGAUGCAGCAAAAAGAAAGAAGAAGAAAAGAACUAGAGCAACAGACAGCUCCACAGGCACUUUUGAUGAUCUCUACAAACUGACAGAGGAGGUGCUUGGUCAGGGGGCUUAUGCUAAAGUUCAAGGAUGCAUAAGUCUGCAGAAUGGACAGGAGUUUGCUGUGAAGAUCAUAGAAAAGAGCGCAGGGCACAGCCGCAGCAGAGUCUUUCGAGAAGUGGAGACUCUCUACCAGUGUCAAGGCAACAGGAACAUUUUGGAAUUGAUCCAGUUCUUUGAAGACAGCUCCUGCUUUUAUUUGGUAUUUGAAAAGCUGCGUGGAGGCUCCAUUCUCACACACGUGCAAAACCGAAAGCACUUUGAUGAGCUGGAGGCCAGUAAGGUGGUCAGGGACAUUGCCCAAGCUCUUGACUUCCUACACACUAAAGGCAUUGCUCAUAGAGACCUUAAGUUGGAGAACAUCCUUUGUGAAUACACCGAUCGAGUGUCCCCAGUAAAGAUCUGUGAUUUUGACUUGGGAAGUGGAGUGAAGCUCAGCAGUGCCUGUACGCCCAUAACGACUCCAGAGCUCACCACACCGUGUGGCUCAGCAGAGUACAUGGCUCCAGAAGUGGUGGAGGUGUUCACUGAUGAGGCGUCCUUCUACGACAAGCGCUGUGACCUUUGGAGCCUCGGGGUCAUCCUCUACAUCCUGCUGAGCGGCAGCCCCCCCUUCACAGGCCACUGUGGCACAGACUGUGGCUGGGACCGAGGAGAAACCUGCAGAACCUGCCAGAGUCACCUGUUCGAGAGCAUCCAGCAGGGCAAGUAUGAAUUUCCGGACAAGGACUGGGCUCACAUCACAGAGGGGGCCAAGGAUCUCAUAUCCAAGCUGUUGGUUCGGGAUGCAACUCUGCGCCUCAGUGCUGCUCAGGUCCUCAAGCACCCUUGGGUGCAGGGGAAUGCUCCAGAGAGAGGUCUUCCAACUCCACAUGUUCUACAGAGGAACAGCAGCACCAAAGACCUGACCCAAUUUGCAGCAGAAGCCAUUGCCUUCAAUCGGCAGCUAUCCCAGCACGAUGAGCACCAGGAGGAUGUCGGAGCCAUCGUGUGCUCCAUGAGGCUUUCUCCUCCUUCAAACUCCAGGCUGGCCCGCAGACGGGCACAGUCCAACGCCUUGCGCACUGGGGACUUUGCACCCUCAUCGGACGACCUCGCAGCCUGAAGUACCAGUACAGGUCCCCUCGCUGUGAUUUCCGACUGAUUUUAGCCUCCUUGUGUGGGUUUUUUUUAUUUUGUUUGUUUUCACAGGGAGCCUUGUAGUUCAGCCACACAGUAUAUGAGGUGACUAACUUUUCUUGGUGUUAAGGCUCUUUCCCCAUGGCCAGUAAUCUUAUCACCUUGACAGAGUUUGAGCACCAAGGGGACAGUUAAUCCUGUCCCAAUUCUAAUUGAAAACAUAGUUGAAAGUCCUGAGAUUUGACCAGGAAUUGUUAUAAGCUGCCUCAUAGUUUUUUUUGUUUGGUUUUUUUAGUCUUUUUAAACAAGAACUGUUUCGUUUGAGAGUAACUUUGGGUUUAUUUUUACAAAGAGUCUGUAAAUCAGAGUUUAUUUAUUUUUUAUUAUUUUUCCAGUGACCCUAGUACAGCAGAAACUGUUGUUAAUGCCAGCAGUUUUAUAUACUCAGUACAUAUCAUUAUCAACACAGCAUUAUGUAGGUUCAGCACAGUUUGCCACUGUUGCUGGGGAGGGAGGGGGAGAGGGGACGAGAGAGAGACUGACAGAGAGAGACUGACAGAGAGAGACUGACAGAGACUGACUGACAGAGACUGACUGACAGAGACUGACUGACAGAGACUGACUGACAGAGACUGACUGACAGAGACUGACUGACAGAGACUGACUGACUGAGGAAAUGGGCUUCCCUCUAUUUUCCCCCCAUUCAUGUGAUUCUUGUCAAGGCUAUGUAGAAUUUACAGAAAAGGCAGGGAUGUGAAUGGAUGUAGAAGUUAUAGUAAAGACCCCUUUUUCAUCAAAUUCUUUCGUAUUUCUUAUCAUUUCUACACGAGCUGUUCACUUCAACACGAGCUACCUGUAGCACUGAUGUACUUUAAAAUAAGUCACUUAUUUAGUUUAUCUAUCAAAAAUAAUCUGUUUGGUCCAAUAAUGUGAAAUUGACACCUGCAGUAAUAUUUAUCUUUUUAAGGGGCUUUAACAACUUUUUAUCCUCAUUAGAGUCCAGCAUUACCUCAGCCUCUUUUUUUUUUGCACCACGUCUUUGCACGUUUUGUACUGUACAGAUGUAACACCAUCCCAAAAAAGACGUGCUUGGUUUCUUAUUAUCUUAUUGGUUUGAUAUCUCAGAGUGUUUUUUGUCUAAAUGAUGUGAGAUGUGAGAAUUGCAUUAGUUUUGGUUGUGUGUAGCUAAUGAGACUUAAAGUGGGUUUGCGAAUAGUUGACGUUACACUUUGUAGUAAGAUAGAGGAUUCCAAACUGGGAUUGAUGGCAUUUAUUUUUAUACAAGUAUUUGUAUGUGGUUCAGUUUUAUACCUUUUGGUUCUGUGACUGGUUCUAAAUGUGCCAGUGGAAAGACUUGCUAAGUCCUAGAUAUUCUUGGGUCCAUCAAGUUGCUGAUAUUUAGGCCUACUUUUGAUCCUUUCUUUAAAGAAACAUUUUUCACUUUUUUUUUAUUGUUUCAGUCAUCGAUGUGUCACUAUGUUUGAAUGGGGUCACCAGUGGAAGUCUAUCACUUCUGUUUCCCCCUAACCCUCUUAACGUUAUGUGUUGCCCGCUAAACAGCAUGUCCCCUGAUUUCACACUGUUGCCAUGGACACCUCAUCCCUAUAGCAACUACCGGCCUUCAUAGGCUGGCAGGAAUUGAUGGAGAUUUGCUCAGAGCAAAUACACACACACACACACACACACACUAGGAAACAGCCUCUUGCUAUGUUAAAGCCCUCCCACUCCCAUUAUGAAUCAUAAAACAACUUGUUUGUUUCCCCCCCAUUGACUUGUAAUGGCAUCAAAUGAGAUACAGUAAUUGGUGUGCAAUUAUGGGGUCUCAUUGAAAAUGUGUCAGUGCUCUUAUUGGGUCCUAUGCAUAAUGCUCUCAGUGUGGAGUAUGUUUUCACUGGUUUGCUGUGUUCUCAAUAAAAAGAUCCUCAACAUCUUCUGACAGAA